AUGGCACUAGCUAUGUGAGAGGACUGGUGCAGGAUAAUGAGUGUGGAUGAGCAAAAAGCCCUGCUGGUGACGGGCAUCCCAACAGUCUUCACUGAGGCCGAGAUCCAGGAGAUCCUGCAGGAGACCUUGGGGUUUCUGGGCAACUAUUGCGUGCUUGGCAAAAUAUUCCACAAGCAAGAGAAUGCCAGUGCUGUCCUCCUGGAGCUCACAGGGAACCCCAACAUCUUGGUGAUCCCCAGUGAGGUGCAGGGAAGGGGCAUUGCUUGGAAAGUGAUCUUUAAGACGCCUAAUCAGGACGGGUUUCUCAAAAGACUGAACCUCUUUCUGGAAAAAGAGGGGCAGACUAUGUCUGGGAAGUUCUGGGCCCUGAGGCAGGAGGGUAUGUCUCUGCCCACCAUGCCCUGCAUGUACCCAGAGUUAUUGGCCCAUGCGCUGGGUCAGGCGAUGGCCCAGGCCCCUCAGCCCCUGCUCCCCAUGCGAUACCGGAACACUGUGCCAGCCCCAGAGGAGGAGCCCUUUGAGAUCUGGCUGGAACAGGCCACAGAGAUCGUCAAGGAGUGGCAUACAGAGGUGGAGAAGAAGAGGUGGCUGAUGGAGAGUCUGCACGGCCCCACGCUGGUCAUGAGCAUAGUGCAGGCUGACAACCCCACCAUCAGGGUGCAGAAGUGUCUGGAGGCUUUGAAACAAGUGUUUGGGAGCCUGGAGAGCCGCAGGAGCUCCCAGGUCAGGUACCUGAAGACCUACCAGCAGGAAGGGAAGGUCUCGGCGUAUGUGUUACGGUUGGAGACCCUACUACAGACCCUGAAGAAGGAUGCCAUCCCCAGGGGUAUCGCAGACCAGGGCCGCUUGCAGCAGGUCAUGGCCGGGGCCAGACUUAGCCAGGUACUGUGGUGUCGGUUCCAGGAGCUAAAAGAAGAGGGCCCGCCGCCCAGCUUCCUGGAGCUGAUAAAGAUCAUACGGGAGGAGGAGGAAGAGGCCUCCUUUACCAGGGAGACUAUCGAAGAACAAGACAGAGGGAGUGGCUACGGCCACUGGGAAAACAAACAAGAAAUUUAG